CUUGCUGCUGCCUUUGUCGUCAGCCGGCAACGCGGAUUGCGUAAAUCGAGUGCAGUUUUCGAUUGUUCCUACGGUCCGACGUCUGCACACACGAUGACCAUCAGUGCUUUGUUACGCUCGCGUUGUUCGCUGGCCGCCGCCAAGACAUUCCUGGAGAAUGCACGAUCGUUCUCAAGCCCAUCCCAGUUGGCGGAACACAAACCGCUGGAGAAGAUCCGUAACAUUGGCAUUUCGGCGCACAUCGACAGCGGCAAGACGACCCUGACCGAGCGCAUCCUGUUCUACACCGGGCGCAUCAAGCAGAUGCACGAGGUCAAGGGUAAGGACAAUGUGGGUGCCACGAUGGACUCGAUGGAGCUGGAGCGCCAGCGCGGCAUUACGAUCCAGUCGGCGGCUACCUACACGAUCUGGAAGGAUCACAACAUCAACAUCAUCGACACACCGGGGCAUGUGGAUUUUACGGUGGAAGUAGAACGCGCCCUGCGUGUCCUGGACGGAGCCAUUCUGGUGCUGUGCAGUGUCGGUGGCGUCCAGAGCCAAACGCUCACCGUGAAUCGACAGAUGAAGCGCUACAAUGUGCCAUGUUUGGGCUUCAUCAAUAAGCUCGACCGGGCCGGUGCAAAUCCGUACCGGGUGCUGGGACAGAUGCGCUCCAAGCUGAACCAUAACGCGGCCUUCGUUCAGCUACCGAUCGGUGUCGAGAGCCACUGUAAGGGUGUGAUCGAUUUGGUGAAACAGAAGGCGCUCUACUUCGAGGAACCGUUUGGGUUGACGGUGCGAGAGGAUGAAAUUCCGGCCGAUAUGCGAGCGGAAAGCACCGAACGACGGCAGGAGCUUAUCGAGCACCUAUCGAACGUGGACGAAGGGUUGGGCGAACUGUUCCUGGAGGAGAAAGUGCCCACCGAGCAGGAUGUAAUGGGAGCGAUACGGAGGGCCACUCUGAAACGUACCUUCACCCCGGUGCUCGUUGGGACGGCCUUGAAGAACAAGGGUGUGCAGCCCUUGCUCAAUGCCGUCCUCGACUAUUUGCCACACCCCGGUGAGGUGGAAAACAUUGCGCUGAUCGAGAAGCGCGACAAGGAACCGCAGAAGGUGGUGCUGAAUCCUGCCCGCGAUGGUAAAGAUCCGUUCGUGGGCCUAGCCUUCAAGCUGGAGGCGGGACGUUUCGGUCAACUGACGUACCUACGCUGCUAUCAGGGCGUUCUGCGCAAGGGCGAUAACAUCUUCAACACUCGGACGGGCAAGAAGAUCCGACUGGCUCGGCUGGUGCGCUUGCACUCGAACCAGAUGGAAGAUGUCACCGAAGUGUACGCCGGAGACAUUUUCGCUCUGUUCGGUGUCGAUUGUGCUUCCGGCGAUACGUUCGUCACCAAUCCGAGCCUCGAGCUGUCGAUGGAAUCGAUCUACGUGCCCGACCCGGUCGUGUCGAUGGCGAUCAAGCCCACCAACUCGAAGGAUCGCGACAACUUUGCCAAAGCGAUCGCCCGCUUCACCAAAGAGGAUCCCACGUUCCACUUCGAGUACGAUGCGGACGUCAAGGAGACGCUCGUGUCGGGAAUGGGCGAGUUGCAUCUGGAAAUCUACGCCCAACGGAUGGAGCGUGAGUACAACUGUCCGGUGACGCUCGGUAAGCCAAAGGUGGCCUUCAGGGAAACGCUGGUCGCACCGUGCGAGUUUGACUAUCUGCACAAGAAGCAGUCGGGCGGCCAGGGACAGUUUGCGCGGGUUAUCGGUAUCCUGGAGCCAAUGCCACCGUCCCAGAAUACGACCAUCGAGUUCACCGACGAAACGAUCGGCACGAACGUACCGAAACAGUUCAUCCCCGGCAUCGAGAAGGGCUUCCGGCAGAUGGCCGAACGGGGCCUGCUGUCGGGGCACAGGCUUUCCGGCAUCAAGUUCCGGCUGCAGGACGGUGCCCAUCACAUCGUGGACUCGAGCGAGUUGGCGUUCAUGCUGGCGGCGCAGAGCGCAGUAAAGAGUGUGUUCGAGAACGGAAGCUGGCAAAUUCUCGAACCGAUCAUGAUGGUGGAGGUCACGGCACCGGAAGAGUUCCAGGGCACGGUGAUUGGCCAGCUCAACAAGCGGCACGGUAUCAUCACCGGGACCGAGGGAGCCGAGGGCUGGUUUACGGUGUACGCCGAGGUGCCGCUGAACGAUAUGUUCGGGUACGUGGGCGAGCUGCGAUCGAGCACGCAGGGAAAGGGCGAGUUCAGCAUGGAGUACAGCCGCUACUCGCCCUGCCUGCCGGAAGUGCAGGAGAAACUGGUGCACGAGUUCCAGGUGGCGCAGGGAGUGGUCGUCGAUAAGAAGCAGAAAAAGAAAAACUAACCGGGGACAGACCCUCCGUGAACCAAGUACUGCGUUUUGUACAUACUUCUGUUGCGUAACUUUAUGUUUACUAUUUAAGGAUAUGUUGUAAGAGGCUGGAACUACACACGUGCCGUGUAUCGAAUAAACCAAACGCAACCGUGCUUUGAAGA